UGAAGAUGAGAUAGGGCCAAUUGAGGAGAAAGUGUUGUCAUCACACAUUUAGUGUGACAUGUAAAAGGAAAUAUUUUCUCUCCUUGAACUUUUAUAGAGACAGUCAUUUUGCCUCAUCUUUGGGAUCACCUCUUCAGCCUCAAUGGUUUUUAAGGACCUCCUGGAUCAAGUUGGAGGCCUGGGGAGAUUCCAGAUCAUUCAGAUGGUUUUCAUUUGUAUCUCCAACAUCAUAGUAUACCCUCAUAUACUAUUGGAGAACUUCACUGCAGCAGUCCCUGGUCACCGCUGCUGGGUCCACAUACUCGACAAUGGCACUGUCUCUGCUGAUGCUACUGGGAUCCUCAGCCAAGACACCCUCCUGAGAAUCUCCAUCCCACUGGAUUCAAGCCUGAUGCCAGAGAAGUGUCGUCGUUUCCGCCACCCCCAGUGGCAGCUCCUUCACCUGAAUGGGACCUUCCCUAAUAUGAGUGAACCAGACACAGAGCCCUGUGUGAAUGGCUGGGUGUAUGACCGAAGCUCCUACUCCUCCACCACUGUGACUGAGUGGGACCUGGUAUGCGAAUUUCAGUCACUGAUCUCAGUGUCUAAAUUCUUAUUCGUGGCUGGAAUGCUGGUGGGAGGCAUCAUAUAUGGCCAUUUAUCAGACAGGUUUGGGAGGAGGUUAAUACUCAGGUGGUGUUUGCUCCAGUGUGCCAUCGCUGACACCUGUGUAGCCUUUGCUCCCACCUUCCUCAUUUACUGCUCACUGCGCUUCUUGGCUGGCCUUUCUGUCACGAACAUCAUGAUAAAUAGCACUAUGCUCAUUUUAGAAUGGACAGUGCCCCAAUUCCAAGCCUUGGGAACGACACUGACAUCUUGUUCCUAUAGUGUUGGACAGAUAAUAUUAGGAGGUCUGGCUUACGCCAUUAGAGACUGGCGCACCCUCCAGCUGGUGUUUUCUGUGCCAGUAUUUGCCAUCCUUCUGUCUUCAAGGUGGCUGGCAGAGUCUGCUCGGUGGCUUAUCAUAGCCAACAAACCCGAGGAGGGCUUAAAGAAACUUAGACAAGUAGCACACAGAAAUGGAAGGAAGAAUGCUGGAGAUGCCCUAACCCUGGAGGUGAGGAGGAUGGAAGAUGGUAAUGGGAUGUAUGAAAAACAUGACCUAACAUUUUAUCAGUCAGUAUCCAUAACAGGAAUGGAAGUCAUGUUUUCACCUCCAUCUGAUGGAUGGCCAAACAAUUCUCCUAACAAAGCUGCUCCACUUUAUAUCAAUACCAACCUGUUGAUUGCUCUAGACCUCUGGGUUUUGAGAUCCACCAUGCAGGAGGAGCUGGAGGCAGCACAGAACAAACCUUCUGUGUAUGACUUGUUGCGAACACCCAACAUGCGUAAAAGGAUCUGUAUACUAUCCUUUAUGAGAUUUACCACCUUCAUUCCUGUUUUGGGCCUGAGUCUCCACAUCCAGCACUUGGGUGAAAAUAUUUUCCUUUCCCAGAUUAUUUUUGGCAUAGCAACACUUCCAAGCAAUUAUGUUGCACUUUUGGCACUCAAUCACCUGGGCCGUCGAAUUAGCCAGAUGCUUUUCCUGUUGCUGCUGGGAAUCUCUAUUCUGACCACCACAUUUGUUCCUCAAGAAAUGCAGAUCCUGCGUGUGCUUUUGGCAGCUUUGGGAAUAGGAGUUUCUUCUGCUGCUGUCACCAGUUCUGCUACCCAUGGAAAUGAACUAAUCCCCACUGUAGUCAGGCCUGUGAUGAGGAGGGGAGAACACCAUCCAGGAUCAUUGUCUCCAGGGGAAGGUUUAGACCUAGACUAUCUUCAUAUGGUCAGUGACUUUGGUUUAGCCACAGCAUCAUUGUUCAGUGAUAGUGACCUAAGACUCACCCAAGGCUCCCUAGAUCACACAGAUCCACGCUGCCCAGCCUGCAUGAGUGGAUUUAGUGGUGAAGAGGCCAAAAUUAGGUGCCCUACUGUAAGAUUCACAGACCUGAAUAUAUUUCACUAUCAUGCAGAGAUUCAAACACCAUAUUCUCAUCUCUUGUCCCUGUCAGCUCUCAGCACAGGGAGUGCAGAAGAGCCCCAGGAAGUUCUUUCAAGACGUACUUCACAGGAGGACAUUGUUAUCAUAGGAGAUGACAGCUCCACACAUGUUAUUGCUCCUAAAGACCUUCCAGCGGGACAAGAAGUGGAGAUGAAAGACAGUGAUAUUGAUGUGUUGGAGGAGGUUAAUACUCAGAUGCUGUUUGCUCCAGUGACACCUGUGCAGCCUUUGCUCUCACCUUCCUCAUUUACUGCUCACUAUGCUUCUUGGCUGGGCUAUCAUGACCAGCAUGAUUUGGUGACAGUCGUGCAACCAAAGGGAACUUCUGAUGGCAUUCUGGGACAACAAGAAACACAGCUCGCCAUCUAA